AGUACAUGCCUGGAGCUGUGGAGCAGCAGCUGAUAUGCUUUCUUUUUCCCCUUUCCUUAACAGCUAACCCCAAUUAAGUUCUGUACUUUCUGUGCCGUCCUUCUCUCGCCUCCCCCUCGAAGUUUUCCAGAAAUUUCACACUGCGGCCAUCUUCUUUUAGAAAGAUUCUUGCAGUCCUCCCCUGCAGCUCAAAAGUUAUGUAGACUGGAAAAUAAAACAAAGAAGAUCGAACCCACAAAAAAAAAAAAGAAAAAAAAAUGGGGUCUCUCCUGGGCGACUGGCCUUCCUACGACCCUCACAACUUCAGCCAACUCCGCCCCGCCGAUCCCUCCGCUCAACCCUCCAAACUGACACCUGCAACGUAUCAUCCCACUCACAACCGGACUCUUCCGCCUCCGAAUCAAGUAAUAACAACUGAAAGCAGAAACAUCCUGCUGAGACAUUUCUACCAGAAGUCAGAAGAGAAGUUGAGACCAAAGAGAGCAGCUUCUGAAAACUUGACGCCGGAGCAUGGCACCAAGCAGCCGCGAGGCCCCUUCACAGAUUCUUCCAGCCAAGCUUAAAUGUGUGAUCUAGUUAUCCCUGAAUUACCAGAUUGUGCGCUCUUACCUCCUAUACUUCGGCCCGUGAAAAUCCUUUUCUCUCCAUUUUGGGUGCAUGCGCGCGUGUAAGUUUGUGUGUGUUAUCAGUGUGUGAGCCGUCUGGCAGUCGUCUUUGCAGAUUCUGCAGUCAUGUAGUAUAUGUGAAUAGUUAUUUAUGAAUAAUAAAGGAAUGAAAGUGGAGGGAUCAUUUCCAUUAA